AGAGAGUAGGAGUGGAGAGACUAGGAGUCUUGGAGAAGAUGCAGCCAGCCUGGGAAGCCACCGACAAAAGAUGCAGACAGAGUGCCGAAAGAAACAUCCAAAUGUAUCUUUUCUACAAGAUAAAAUGGCCCGAACAAGGAUAGAGAGAAGAGCAUACUUGGAAAAGCAUUCCACAAUGGAAGCCCUUGAGGAGUAUCCUGCACUAAGACUUCCAGUAGUACUUCUUGCAGAAUCACAAAAUCAGCUUGAUGUUGAUGUAGAUCGAAGCAUCAUGUCAGGAAUGGGACAAAUAGCAAGAAAAAUUAUUGAACAAUGCCAGCAACGAGCCACAGGCCAGGAUCUCUUUAAAAUGUAUAACGAUGCCAAGACUGGAUGCGCAGAGGAGUCACACAGAGGUCUUCAGGUGGUCCUUGCCACAUUACUUCUGCCACAUUUAUUCAGGGAGGACCCCGAUGCCCUUUACUGUAUCAACAAGACUCCAGAGGUUCCAACGCCUGUCCUGGUCAUCACCGGAAACCCGUUCCUGGAGGCUACUUUUGGUGUACAUCUGGACUACACAAAUAUCCUCACCCAUGAAGUUGAUGACAUCACCCUCGCACUAGCAACCUUGAUAACCUUUCAUGAAGGAUCCCUGAGGAACCCCUGUGAGCUGAAAAGGUUCCUCCACAGUGGCAAUGGUGAGGAACCCCAAAAGGUUCCUCGAGGCUCCUCUAAUUCUUAG